UCCGUCAUCAAUUGAACGAGAGAGAGAGAGAGAGACUCCUUUCAAAUUAUUUUCAGUUUCAAUUUCUUCGUCUCCCUCCCACAUCACACACACACACCAUCUCUAUAUACACAGUCCUCUACAUUGGAUCUCAUACUCUUAUUCUAUGCCACUGGCGUUUUCUGUCGCAUGGCGGGUCUCUACUCCUCUUCCUCCUCGAAACCCUCUGUGUCAUCCUCUUCCUCAACAUCAUCUUCCUCGCGACUUAUUCUGCUCGUGACUCUCCUUCCUCUCUCCCUCGCCUGUUUUGCCUUCGUUCUUCAAUGGCGCGGCGGUCUCGACGACCCGGUUGCCCAUUGGUCUACGGAUCAUCACGAGUUCCCCGGAAUGGUUUCAACCCAAGAGAAACGUUCCUCCCGUCGUUCGGUUUCUGAUUCGGGUUGCGUUGAUCUUUUGGGUCAGAGUCGUGCCCCUUCGUUUCCUUAUUUCCGGGAUUGGAAUUUUGAUUACCAAUCGGAUCUGAAACCUAGGAUAUGCAUUACAACAAGCACUUCUGCUGGCUUAGAGCAAACACUGCCAUGGAUUUUCUUUCACAAAGUUAUUGGAGUUUCAACUUUUUAUCUAUUUGUUGAGGGGAAGGCUGCAUCCCCAAAUGUGUCUCGAGUUUUGGAGACCAUCCCAGGUGUAAAAGUUAUACACAGGACAAAAGAAUUAGAAGAACGACAAGCCAAAAGCCGGAUAUGGAAUGAGACUUGGCUGGCGAGCUUCUUCUACAAACCGUGUAACUAUGAAUUGUUCGUGAAACAAUCAUUGAACAUGGAAAUGGCAAUCACCAUGGCUCAGGACUCUGGUAUGGAGUGGAUAAUUCAUCUUGACACGGACGAGCUUAUACAUCCUUCCGGAACCCAUGAAUAUUCUUUACGCAAAUUGCUGGGAAAUGUAUCUGCAAACGUGGAUAUAGUUAUCUUUCCAAAUUAUGAGAGCAGCGUUGAGCGAGAUGAUAUCAGGGAACCUUUCAGUGAGGUAUCAAUGUUCAAGAAGAAUUAUGACCAUCUUCCGAGAGAUGUCUACUUUGGAAGCUAUAAAGAUGCCACUCGUGGAAAUCCAAACUAUUUCCUAACCUAUGGAAAUGGGAAAUCUGCUGCCCGUGUUCAGGCCCAUCUUCGUCCCAAUGGUGCUCAUCGAUGGCACAACUACAGAAAGAGUCCAAAUGAGGUCAAACUAGAAGAAGCUGCAGUGCUGCACUACACUUAUACUAGAUUUUCAGAUCUUACUUCAAGACGUGAUCGUUGUGGCUGUAAGCCUACUAAAGUGGAUGUCAAGAGAUGUUUCAUGCUGGAGUUUGACAGAGCUGCCUUUAUUAUUGCUUCAACUGCGAGCUCAGAGGAAAUGCUGCAAUGGUACAGAGAGCAUGUUGUGUGGGCAGAUGAAAAAUUGAAGUUGAAACUGCUUAGAAAGGGAAUUCUGACCCGCAUUUAUGCUCCUAUGGUUAUAAUCCAAGAGCUAAGAGAAGCGGGUGUUUUCAGCUCCGUGGUAACUGCAGCUCACAUGUCUCUCUCAAACAAGUCUUCAACUGCUGCUUCGACUUCAAGCGUUACCCGAGAAUCAUCUCAGGCAACUGGUAGGAGGAGGGUGUUGGAAUUUCAUCUUGAUCUUGGCGGUGAAUAUCAAACAUCAGCGGUACCACCACUAUCGCCUCCAGGCUUGGAAGCAACCCACUUAAAACCACAAUCUGAUACUUAAAAAUGUUUACAAAGAGUGGAAUAUUUAGAGUGAUUUAUGAACCUGAGCUCUGGUGUACAUUUAGGAAAAUUUUCGUUUAGGUUAUACACAGAUAAUGAUUCUACAGAUAAAGAGGAACAUCAUAUAGCAGGCUUCAUCAUAUGUACUAUGCAGAAUACUUGAUCAUGUUGACGAUUCUUAACUUCACAUACAAAUUCAUGGCCUUCCUGAUCUGACUA